GGCACAGAGGAGACACAGAAAGGCUGGUUUCUUGCCUGCCUAGCCUUGAGGUUUGGGGUAGAGGAUUUGAUUUCCGCUUUGCUCCUCAGUUCCCGGUCAGAGCAGUCAAUUCAUCUGCGACUUGCAAACAGGAAGCCCGGGUGACUAGGAGAGCUUCAUUACGGUUUUUCUCUUCGUUUCUUAGAGCAGAUAGUGAUCAGGGAAGGUGAUAGGGAAGGGGAGAAGGGAAAUUGUCCUCUGCUCCCUCAAAAAACACCAAGUCUGACCUGUCACUUUCCUCCUGCCAAAGAAAACGGGAAUGAUGUCCUUCCUUCCUUCCACCCUUCCUUCCUCCCUCUUCCUCUUCCUUCUUUCCUUCCUUCCUUCCUUUUUUCUUUUGCAAUCUAGGCAGAAGCUUCUCCAGCUUUAGGGCAUUUUGUGAUCGCUAGGGCUCUUUUCAUAGUCCCUAAUUAUUAUAAUUGUGUCACUUUCAAUAUGGCACGUAAUUACGAUUUGCAAGCAAGCUCUGAAAAUUCCAAAACUGUCUGGAAAUCUAACAAAGCAUCGCAGGAGUCCACAAGCUCAAUUCUGCCAAGCUCCACUGGAUUGUGGGCAGAUAGGAAAGGAAAGGUAGUCCUCGAGUCUUUUUUAGGCCCAAAAAAGGAUUUGGAGCCUCGGAACCUCUUUUCUCUUCCAAUUCACUCACUAGAGGUUCCACCAGCGUCUAUAUUCUGAAAUCUUCAUUCUUCCAUCCAAAUUAACUGUCAGUUACUUAUCUCACUAUUCUCCUACUAUCUCCUUCAUAAUCAACUUGACUUGCUUCUGUAUUUCCCCUUUUCCCUUCCCCUGGACAGGACUGGGGUUUUGGGUAAGAAUAGAGGACAGGGGUCCAGUCCCAGAUUUUCCUGGAAAGUAAAAGGGCUUGCUUGCUUGCUCUUUUGGAAGUCCCUCCUAUAGUCUCCAAAUCCUUUUCCAUGUCUACCUUAAUACUUAAGAGAUUUCGAACCAAGACCAAGCCUGGGUUCUCCCAAUCUUGGAACCUUAUGGAAAAUCGGUUGAAAUAGUUAUUUCAUACACACUCUCCCUUCCCCCACUGGGAAAAAGCAUGAGAGUUAGGGGACUAAGAGAAAGAAUGUUAGCAUUCUGAGCUUCGCGUACACAUUUAAAAGGAGAGAUAACAGAAGAUAGAGUAAUGUCCCCCCUGUAAGAAGGGUCAACUCAACACCAUUCUCAAAUGAUUGUACUUCCCCCGUCUUUGCUCUUUUCCUCAGUCUCUUUUCCUCUUUCCUCAAGGGAGGGAGGCAGCCGCCAUCACGGCCUCCGCCUGCACUUCCAACUAUCGCCGGGAGGUGGCGAGCUAUGCUAAGAGGCUGCUUCGAACCUUCUCCCUGUUUCUCCCCUUCGGUUUUUUUCUUUUUUUUGGAAGGCUUGCAUUGAAUCGGCCCUAACGAUUCUCAGAUCGUCAUUAUUUGUAACCAUAGAGCAUGAAUUACCUCUUGAGGUCAUCAGCGAGAAUUUACGACUGGUCAACAAAAGCACGUGAUUCCCCAACGCCCCCCCAUCCCCCCUUCUUACCCCCCCCCCAUAUUUGGCCGCAUACAUAGCAAAACGAAGUACAGUGCAUUGCUAUAAUUCAUUAAUACAUCAUAAAUCGUGAAGCACAGGGUUAUAACGACCACGAUCCACAAAUCAAGCCCUCCAAAAUAACCCAAAUGAGCUCUUACUUUGUAAACUCGUUCUCGGGGCGCUAUCCAAAUGGCCCGGACUAUCAGUUGCUAAAUUAUGGCAGUAGCAGCUCUUUGAACGGUUCUUACAGGGAUUCUGCUACCAUGCAUACCAGCUCUUACGGCUACAAUUACAAUGGGAUGGAUCUCAGCAUCAACCGCUCCUCAGCCUCCUCCAGCCACUUUGGGGCGGUGGGGGAGACCUCGCGUGCCUUCCCCUCGCCCGGCCAGGAGUCCCGGUUCAGGCAGGCUUCAAGCUGCUCCCUGUCCUCUCCUGAGUCCCUGCCCUGCUCCAACAGCGACAACCACGGAGGCAAGCCCUCUGCCUCGUCCCCCUCCGACCAGGCGACCUCUGCCAGUUCCAACACCAAUUUUACAGAAAUAGACGAGACCAGCGCGUCCUCGGAGCCCGAAGAAGCAAGUCAGUUAAAUAACAGCAGCUUAAGCCGAGCCCAGACAGAACCCAUCGCGACCUCCACAGCGACAACGGAGGGACAGACUCCACAAAUAUUCCCCUGGAUGAGGAAGCUGCACAUUAGCCACGAUAUGACCGGCCCGGAUGGAAAAAGGGCACGAACCGCUUACACUCGCUACCAGACCCUGGAGUUGGAGAAAGAGUUUCACUUCAAUAGGUAUCUCACCCGCCGGCGGAGGAUAGAGAUCGCCCACGCUCUCUGCCUCUCGGAGCGGCAGAUUAAGAUCUGGUUUCAGAACCGCCGGAUGAAAUGGAAGAAAGAUAACAAACUGAAGAGCAUGAGUUUGGCUACUGCCGGCAGCGCCUUCCAGCCCUGAAUUCUGGAGGAGCCCAAACCCACAGUCAAUCCCCCCACCCCCCCAGUUCCUCCACACACAGUCAGUCUCCAGGCGCCGGCCUCUUCCUUUCUGUCGCUCUCUGUGGACUUAGAACCGACUCCUAAUGCGGUAGAAGCGAACGCGCCACAGCAUUGCUGUGGCUUGAGAUUUUCCGUUCGGUCUUAGGUCCUCCUGCCCCUUCCCUACCUUCCCACAACCUCUUUGGACUGGUUAUUAUUGUUAUUAUAAUUAAUAAUUAUUAUUAUUUCCCACUCCAAGCCCUCCUCUACCCCAUCAGUGUUUCUGAAUGUUCGUGUCCGUGAUUGCUUCUCCCCCCCAAAAAGGAAAGAAACUCGCAUGUUUAAUGUGAAUUCCCCUCCCCUUUCUGUGUUCUAACUUAUUUAUAAAAGGAGGAUGGAUACAUUUGCGUUUAUAGCUUGGAAUCUCUGUACUUGAACUGCAGUUGGGUGUAGGUGGGGGCCUGGGAUGGGAGAGAGACGUUCAGUGGGGACGAAAGGAAAAUAAUCUCAGAUUAACUGCCAAUAUAGGGGAAAAAAAGAUAUAAUAUGUACAUAUAUUUUUCUCCCCCUCUCCCUUUCUCCUCUUCUCAUCCAGGCCUGGAUCUCCCUUUUUGCCUAAUCCUGGGUGGGACUGUGGCAGAGGGAUAGGCCUGGAACUGGUCAGAAGGGGAUAUUAAGGUGCAAGUCUCAGUCUCAGCAAAAGAAGCCGGGACCUGAGACUUUGAGGAAGCCAAAAAAAAAAAGGGGGGGGGAAGCCUGAUCAAAUGGAAAAUCUAGGUGUGUAUCAGGCCAAUCUUCAAGGCCCCAGGGUGUGUAAAUAUUGGAAUACUUAGGUUCGGGUGAACCCUCUCCCCAAUCCUUCUGCCCCCAAGACCAUUUGUAGUCAGCCGAGUGGAUGCUGUGUUCUGUGUGAAAUCUGUCUUUGCCGGAACGUCUCAGUGAUACGCUUUUUGUAUUUGUUUGUAGCUUUUCUUGAAGUCGAAUAAAUGUCUCUCCUACUCCA